ACGACCCGCGACUCAACCGGGUUUGAGUAUAGUUUUCACAAAUGUUUAUGGAGGUGCAUCUUCAUCUUGUUGUUGGUUUUGAUGUUGUUGUUGUGAUUUGUGGUAACAUAAAUAUAAAAAGAAAAAACAUUAACUACAGAAUUAUGAGCUCACUUGAAAACAUAACUGUUAAAUAAAAUAUAGUCAUAGAAAGAUACUUAUAAUUUUAUUAGCUCGAAUGUUUUCGGAGAAAACCCAAGGUAUCGUCAUAGCCAGCUCAUAAUGUCCGCCGCCCAGCAUCUGCCGUCCGCUGUGAUUAAACCUUAACAUUGGCUCUAAAAAAAAAGUGCUUCCAUCUACAAUUCGAAACUUCAUAUGUAGAUGCACUUUGAUGAGUUCUACACGUCACACCCAUUUUGGGUCACUAGGUCAAAGGUCAAGUUCACUGUGAAUUCUUUAAAAAAAAAUCUGACAAGCUUUCAUUUAUUCACAACUGCAUCUGCAGCCGAGCGUUGGCACCAAUUAUGCGGUGCUAAAUUGCUUCACAUAUACUGGCAAGUACAGGAGAUGAUUAUCAUAAUAAUAAUAUUUCAGUUUAAAUAAGAAAGAUCUGUUUGGUCAGUGUAUGGUUUUCUUUCUAAAUGUCCAUUUAUUGGACUUUUUCAGUAAGGUUAGGGGUUUUUCAUUGCGAAGGUGUUGGCACUUAUUCUUGUGAUUCCAUGUCAGUUUUCUCGGUAUUGUUUUCUGAAUUUCAUCAUAAUUUUAGCUAUUUCAUCAAUUUGUUCCCCACUCAUGUGGUGGAUUGCAUGGUCUCUUUCACUAAUUGUGUGUGUCUUUGAUUCUUCAUUACUUAUAAUGGACACUGUGCAGUUAUCAUACUGUGUCAACAAUGUGUGUUUUCUUUUGCAAUCAAGCAAAUAAUUGUAACAUUUAAGACUUCUAGAUUAUGAUUUGCAUUUUGGAAUUCCCCUAUUUUGUUAAUUGAACUGGAGUUCUUUAUAAAAUAAAUUGCUAGUACAAAACAUGUUUAUUAAUAUUCAGUGUUCUUGGAAAAUGUUUUGUUCCAUCAUUUUCAAUUUUCAACCAAUGUUAUUGUGGGAAGGAAUGGAGAUUUAAAAAUAGUUUUGUGAGAUUUUUGAUAUUUUAUUUUAUUCAUUAAACCAAGUAAUUUUCCAAGUAUAAACCUUUUAUAUAUCAUGACUAUGAUGCCAUAGAUGUAAAUUAUAACAAUUAUGUUGAUGAUCAUGACUAUGAUGCCAUAGAUGUCAAUUAUAACAAUGAUGUUGAUGAUCAUUACUAUGAUGCCAUAGAUGUAAAUUAUAACAAUUAUGUUGAUGAUCAUGACUAUGAUGCCAUAGAUGUCAAUUAUAACAACUAUGUUGAUGAUCAUGAGAAUUAUGAUGAUCACAGAUGUCGAUUAUAACAAUGAUGUUGAUGAUCAUGACUAUGACGCCAUAGAUGUCGAUUAUAACAAUGAUGUUGAUGAUCAUGACUAUGAUGCCAUAGAUGUCGAUUAUAACAAUGAUGUUGAUGAUCAUGACUAUGAUGCCAUAGAUGUCAAUUAUAACAAUGAUGUUGUUGAUCAUGACUAUGGUGCCAUAGAUGUCAAUUAUAACAAUGAUGUUGAUGAUCAUGACUAUGAUGCCAUAGAUGUCGAUUAUAACAAUGAUGUUGAUGAUCAUGACUAUGAGGCCAUAGAUGUCGAUUAUAACAAUGAUGUUGAUGAUCAUGACUAUGAUGCCAUAGAUGUCAAUUAUAACAAUGAUGUUGAUGAUCAUGACUAUGAUGCCAUAGAUGUAAAUUAUAACAAUGAUGUUGAUGUUCAUGACUAUGAUGCCAUAGAUGUCAAUUAUAACAAUGAUGUUGAUGAUCAUGACUAUGAUGCCAUAGUUGUAAAUAAUAACAAUGAUGUUGAUGAUCAUGACUAUGAUGCCAUAGAUGUCAAUUUUAACAAUGAUGUCGAUUAUCAUGACUAUGAUGCCAUAGAUGUCAAUAAAAACAAUUAUGUUGAUGAUCAUGAGAAUUAUGAUGAUCACAGAUGUCAAUUAUAACAAUGAUGUUGAUGAUAAUGACUAUGAUGCCAUAGAUGUCA